AUGGCAUACGCCGCCGCCCGGCGCACAUUAGCCUCAGCCCUCACCCGAACCCUUGCUUCAACUCAUACCUGCUCAAAAUCCUCCUUCUCUUCUCGCUCUCGCUUCGCUGUGGCUCUUCUCAACAAACAGCAAACCCAGCUCCUACCAGACCUGGUGAACAUCACGACCCGGUCCAAGCAUUCCGGGCAGGGUUACUCGCCCCUGAACGACGCGACUCCAAACUGGAGUAACCGGCCGCCCAAGGAGACUAUCCUCCUCGAUGGCUGCGACUACGAGCACUGGCUCAUCGUCAUGGAGUACGACGACCCCAAGCCCUCCGAGGAGGAGAUGAUCAAUUCCUACGUCAAAACCCUAGCCACCGUUCUCGGAAGUGAGGAGGAGGCGAAGAAGAAGAUAUACUCUGUUUCUACCACGACGUAUACUGGAUUUGGUGCUCUGAUUUCUGAAGAGCUUUCUCUGAAGGUCAAAGGGUUGCCUGGUGUUCUCUGGGUUUUGCCGGAUUCAUAUCUCGAUGUGCCCAACAAAGAUUAUGGAGGGGAUCUAUAUAUCGAUGGGAAAGUCAUCCCAAGACCACAGUAUAGGUACAAUGAAAGGCAACAGCAAACUAGAAACAGGCCUCGUCCACGAUAUGAUAGGCGCCGGGAGACAAUGCAGGUUGAAAAGAGAGAGCCAAUGCAAGGACAGAGCUUGGGCCAGGACAGGAGAGAGCCUGUGCAGCAAACAACACAAAGUUCCGCUCAAGGUGGAGGGACAGGUUCCACCAGAAACCAAGGAGAGUUUAACAGGGGCAGUGUUUAA